UAAUCUACAACGUUGGGAUCAGCGCGUGCGGGAAGGGCGAGCAAUGGCAGCAGGCUUUGGCAUUGCUCAGCGAGGUAUGUGAGGCGGGGCUGGAGCCUGAUGUCAUCAGUUUCACCGCUGCGAUCAGUGCGUGUGAGAAGGGCAAGCAGUGGCAGAGGGCUUUGGCGCUACUGAGAGAGAUGUGGGAGGCGAAGUUGGAGCUUAACGUCUUCAGCCUCAACGCUGGCAUCAGUGCAUGCGAGAAGGGCGAACAGUGGCAGCGGGCAUUGGCGCUGCUGAAAGAGAUGUGGGAGGCGAAACUGGAGAACGACGUCAUCAGCUGCGCGGCCGGGAUCAGCGCGUGCGGGAAGGGCGAGCAGUGGCAGCGGGCUUUGGUGUUGUUCAGCGAGAUGCGGGAGGCGAAGCUGGAGCACGACGUCAUCAGUUGCAACGCUGGCAUCAGUGCAUGCGAGAAGGGCGAGCAGUGGCAGCAGGCUUUGGUGCUGCUGAGACAGAUAGGGGAGGCGAAGCUGAAACUCAACGUAAUCAGCUACAGCGCUGGCAUCAGCCGCGUGCGAGAAGGGCGAGCAGUGGCAGCAGGCUUUGGCGUUGUUGAGAGAGAUGUGGGAGGCGAAGCUGGAGCCCGAUGUCUUCAGCUACAAUGCAGGCAUCAGCGCGUGCGGAAACGGCGAACAGUGGCAGCGGGCAUUGGCGUUGCUGAGAGAGAUAGAGGAGGCGAAACUGGAGCACGACGCCAUCAGCUACGGCGCCGGGAUCAGCGCAUGUGGAACGGGCGGGCAGUGGCAACGGGCAUUAGCACUUCUCAGCGAGAUGCGGGAGGCGAAGUUGGAGCCCGUCGUCACCAGCUACAAUGCUGGGAUCAGCGCGUGCGAGGUCAACGGGCAGUGGACCCAAGCCCUGGACGUGCUCGAGUCGAUGCUGGCAUGCCGCGUGGACCCUGCUGCUGCCAAUAACCCAGACGACGGCUGGUACGUGCACGACCUCGAGGCAGGUGGAUUCAAGGACGUCUUCAAACACAUCGUUCUCGUGGCGCUGCUGCAGCAGAUGGCGACGGACGCAGACCCCUUCACCUUCAUCGACAUGCACGCUGGUUCUGGGGUCUACGACCUAAGCUCUGAAGAGUCACGCCGAUGCCGGAUGUUUGAAAGGGGCGUGCUCCGCCUGUCACGCGUAGCCAACCAUUGCGGCAGCGGUCUGAUUGCAGACUACUUGACCGCGGUGUGGAGUUGCAACAAGGCAUUGGGCUCAUCCACGGGCGCCCUGAGCCUCUACCCAGGGUCGCCUGCGCUGGCGUGGCAGUGGCUGAGGCCACAGGACACUGCCGUUCUCUUUGAAGUCGCCGCCGAGCCCUACGAGGCCCUGAGGCGGAGUUUUUCCCUGCUGAACCGAGAGGCAGGUGACCGGCUUGCGCUGCUGCACGAGGACUCCUACCUACGGCUCACAUCUGGGCAUUUGCCUUGGCCCAGCGGGCGGCAGCUGGUGCUCAUGGACCCGCCAUACGAUUCCAUACAGUCCCACAACACGUGGAACGUCUUCGUCCUCAGGCGCCUGCUCCAGAAGUCGCCCUCUAGCUGCGUGGCCCUAUGGUACCCGCGCCUGGACCACGAAAAGGUCGCAAGUCUGCACAGUCGAGUCCAGAGCCUCGCUGCGGGUCGCGUGCUCGUUGCCGAGAUGUGGCUCGAGGGCUCGGCACCGCGAGGAGAUGUCCAGCAGGGAUCGGGGAUGCUGAUUGUAAACCCACCACACGCCGUCCAUGCGCACCUCCUUGCCACGCUGCCGGGGCUUGCCAAGGCGCUGCGGGCCACAGGCUUCCGGGUGCUGUGGUUAUGAGAAUUCUCCGUUGGCUGGAAUUUGGAGGCCUCGUCGUUGUCGCCAUACACGUUGCUGUGAGAAGAGAGAAUUAUUCAUUGUGAGUCAGGCUGGAGGGCUGGCGUCAGCCAGCAUUGCAUGACGUAUACUCGGCUUUCGGCGUACGGCCGGCGAGUGAAUGAGUGAGUGAGGUUGCGUUUACUCUGUUUCGCCUUCAGCACCGUGAGUGAUCCCAGGCUGGGCGAGGCGGUGCGGGCGCCAGGACCACUACUACGGCCGCAGGGUCGCCGCGAGCGACUGGUGCGAAGCAGCUUUGACGGGCGUGGACGUGUCUGCAUUCAGUAUCCUUAGGAGCCAUUGACGAGUGGUGGCCAGAACAAAGGCAUGGCCGUGCUGAUUGGGAUAUUUUCGAUAAGCCUCGCUCGAGGAGCGAUCUGACAGGUGACUGGCCCGCCAGGAAUGGUCAAGAUUGUGUCCUGGCAGCGUGGCCCUAUCAAUAUUGUCUCUACAGGUUAUCACGUAAUUGCCGUGUCGGCCAGUUCCUGAUACGCGGUUGGCGUUUCUAUAUUGUGAUAUCGACAGCGCGCUCGUCGAAGUAGACCACACGAUCUGUUUUCCUCGCAAUGUUGUUAAAGGCUUACUGGCGCAAGGAAUAGUAGUCAAAAUCCACCCGGCAGCAUGGCCCUCUCAAUAUUGUGUUAUCAGGCUGACACGCAAUUGGCGUGUCGACCAUUCUCUGGCACGCGUUUAGCGUGUCAGCAUUGUAAUAUCGAAAGUUCUUACUAAUAUCCUGUUGGCGACAGGAAAUGUCACCCGGCAGUGUUACACUGUCAGUAUGACGUUUUCGGGUUGGUUCGCAAUUAGCGUGUCGACCAGUUUUUGGCGCGCGUUUGGCGUAUCAGCGAUGUGGUAUCGACAUCGCGCGCAUCGAAGUAAAUCACGCGAUCCACUUUUGCGCGAUG